CUGGAGGCGCUCAUUCUGACCGGACAACGCUGGACCAGCGCCAUCAGCAGCAGCAGCAGCAGCAGCAGCAGCAGCAGCAGCAGCAGCAGCAGCAGCAUCACCCUCAUCCUGCAAGGACAUCCUCCUCCUCAGCGAGCACAAGGAGAACAGGGACAUCUGAAAUAAUCCAAAUUAGAGAGAGAGAUUCCCAUCGACAGGAGCAAGAUGCUGGCCUGCACAGAGCUGAUAACCAUGUGUCUCCAAUCUGCCAAGCAUGAACACUUGAGAAAACAGCAGGAGCUGGACCUCAACCAGAACCCGGGCACCGCUUUGUUCCAGGAUAUUUUCCGUCGGGCAGACAAAAAUGAUGACGGGAAGCUGUCCUUGGAGGAGUUCCAGUCCUACUUUACGGAUGGUAUCCUCACAGAUGCGCAGAUGCAGGAGAUGUAUUACUCCGUCGACAGGCAGCAGACAGACAACCUGGACAUAGAUGUUCUGUCAGAGUACUUCACUCCACAUCUGGGAGAAUACGUCAACGUCAUGUCUGCGCUGGAGAAGCUGAAUGUGGCCAUUUUGAGAGCAAUGGAUAAAACCAAAGAGGAGUAUCAGGGUUCAUCUGUGUUGGGCCAGUUUGUGACCCGCUUCCUGCUGAGGGAAACAUCCACCCAGCUGCAGUCCCUGCAGUCCUCCCUGGACUGUGCUAUGGAGGCCAUUUAUGACCACGGCUUCCCUGAGAGGACGAUACCCAAGAAGCCCGAGGACCUUCCCAUCCAAAGGGCGCCCAAACGGCCUGGCCGUCGCAUUCAGAAGAACAUGUGUCUUUCUCCCACUGACCCCUACUCUGGCAUGCUUACCACAGGGGUCAGCGUAGAGCCGGACAAUCACUGGGGCUCCCAGAUCAAUCAGCUGGAGCAACUCAUCGAUAAGAUGGAGUGUGAGAGCCCUCACCUUGAACCUCUCAAAGAAGACACACUGGCUGGAACAUAUAAAUCUAAUAUACUUUUGGUACAAAAACAAAUGUCAGUGAAGGAGACAGAUGUGGAACAGUUUCAGCAAGCUCUCAAAAUCUACACAGAUGCCACCACCAGCCAGCUCAACAACCUGCAUGUCUCCGUUCAGAACCUUCCGAACCGAUCAUGCUUCAUCAUGUAUGAAUUCUGGCAGGAUCGUCUCUCCUGGAUGACCUACCUGCAGUCGUCCAUCACAAAGACCUUCCAGCGCUGCAUUAUCGACUCAUUGGAAGAGCCUGAAAUGGUCUCUACUAUGCUCCUUCCAGCCUCCUGGUGGAUCAUGAACAACAACUGAGGGAGCGGCAGAGCGACUUCUCAACGUACAGAAAAGAGAAGAAGCUGGAGAUCCUACAGCCACAUCUACUGAACACUUUCAAAGUAACUCUUUCCUCAUGGCAUGACCCAGAUCGCAUUUGCAGAGCCUUGUUAAAAAAUGAACACUCCUCAGAAUUCUCUGUUAGUCCAACUAAAGUUUGGACUGAAAAAUGCUGAAACAAGGCAGCGUUUUAACGCGCAAACACAUAUUCUCAUUAUUGGCACCUUUUUUUUUCUUUUGGUUUAUUAGACACUCAAGUUAAAAUAAUAAUGAAAAACAUUUGCAUGAAUUUUUAUUUUUCAGCUAGUCUGUGUCAUUAAGAGUGGUUGUUCAAAAUAGGAUGCAGCCUAAAACAAGUCUUUUACUGUUUCAUACAGAUGAAAAAAGAUUGGUAGCGGCCAGGGUAACCUUUCUUCUUGUUCUCCAUGUGCUGAUGUGCUUUGUUGUCUCCUUCAGAGCUUUUCUACUUAGUGUCUUCUUGCUGAUGGGGUCAGCAUCCAUCAGCAAAACAUAGUCACUGAAUAGAUAUGAUCUGUACCUAACUAUCAUCUGCACCUUAUAAAUAAAUGAUUAGAUGCAAACUUUAUCGUUGUCGUUAAAAAUGUAUUUUAUCUUGUUUGUGAAAUAAAAUGACCUCCUGUGACAUGAAGUCCAGAGCUGCACUGAUGCGCAGUGAGACAUUAGUGGAAAUGACAAGUCUCCAGACAAUUGUGCAAUUGUUCUGUGCUGCUACCUUUACAGUAGGUGUACAAUUUAAAAGCCAUUAUUUCUUAUGUAGUGUGUAACAAAAAAAGUGAUUGAAGAAUACAAAUAAAAUAGAAGUUUAUAUUUUAAAGUUAUCCGGCAUUGAUUCUGUAAAAAAAAAACCUCUUUGGAGAUGGAGUUCCGGAAAAUUGUGCAACAGUUGUACCACUGGUAGUAGACUGUCAGUUAGCACUUUGAACAAUGGUUGAUAAUGUAAAGAAUAAAUGUUUACUCUUUUUUGAUGUGUUUAUUGUUUGGUUUUUGUAUUAUAAACAAUUGCGUGGAUUUCUCUGGUCAUUUUCUGGCAUGAAUAAAAGUUUGACACCCUAAAUGAA